UUUAAUUUAUUAAUAUUUAAAAAUAACUCAAAUAAUUGUUAAAAAAUAUAAUCUGUUUUUAGGAUUUUUUUGCUAUUAAUAAACUGAUAAUGGAUCAUUUAGAUAUUAAAUCCGAAGAAUUUUGGAUGAAAUGCACAACUCGGCAAUUCUAUCAACUAUUAGAAUCUGAAUAUUCAGAAUUAGGAUUAGAUUCCAGAAUUAGUAGUGAUUUUAAAUUUGCCGUAAGUUUAGGAAUUCAACAUAUCGAGGACGUGUGUAAAAUAUGUUCAAAAAAAUGUAAAAUAAUGUAUAGAAGUGAUAGAAAUUCAUGUGUUUUGCGAUGUCAUAACUGUAGGUAUAACAGUUCAGCCUUUGAUGGCACGUUUAAAGGAAAAUGUGGUAAAAUUUCAUGGGCAGCAAUAUUGUCAUUUAUAUGGCACUAUGUAGGAUUGGAAUGUACUUCAACAAAUUCUGCUGUUGCUGCAGGAAUUUCUAAGAAGGCGGCAGUUGAUUGGUGUAAUUAUAUACGUUUUGUAAUGCUUGUUGCUUUGUAUAAUAUGACUUCGUUCAAAAUUGGAGGUCCCGACAAAACAGUGGAAAUUGAUGAAACAGUUAUAUGUAAAAGAAAAUAUGAAAAAGGCCAUAAAUUAAAAAGUACCAAAUGGGUAGUUGGAGGUAUUUGUAGAGAAGACAACAGUUGCUUUAUUUGUCAAGUAAAUGACCGUUCAGAAACAACUCUCAACUGGAUAAUAUAUAAAUUUGUAAAUUCGGGAAGUGUAGUUAUCACUAAUGAAUGGAAAGGUUAUAACAACAUAGAUAAAUUGGAAGGAAUAAAUAUUGAACACAGAACAGUCAAUCAUUCAGAAAAUUUUGUGAACCUGACUACAGGAGUUCAUACCCAAAAUAUUAAAAGAUUAUGGGGUUAUUUAAAGAAUGAGAAAAAUUUGCCUAAACAUUAUACAGAGGAUCUUUCAGAUUCUUAUAUGUAUUCGUUCAUGUAUAAAAAGUUCUUGAAUUGGCCGUCAAAAAACNAUUGA